AUGGCAGCACCACCUACCCCACAAGAGGGAGCUUCACAAACACGACCACCACUGUUCAAUGGAAAAUAUUAUGGAUGGUGGAAAAAUCGAAAGAAAAAAAGGAAUGUUGAAGACAAGCUUGCAAUCCAAAACAAUGCCAAAGCCAAGAAAAUUUUGAUCUGUGGCAUAGGAACAGACGAAUACAAUCGAAUCUCGUCCUGUCAAGAUGCCAAAGCCAUAUGGGAAACACUACAAACCGCUCAUGAAGGAACAACUCAAGUCAAGAAGUCCAAAAUUGAUAACUUGAACAGGCAAUAUGAGCUGUUCAGGAUGACAGAAGGGGAGACUAUUCAAGACAUGCACACCAGGUUCACCUCCAUCAUCAAUGAGAUGUACUCCUUGGGAGAGAUAGUUCCCAAUGGAAAGGCAGUAAGGAAACUCUUGAGUGUCCUUCCUGAAACUUGGGAAAGUAAAGUCGAGGCUAUCACCGAAGCCCACGACCUAGACUCACUGGCCAUGGAUGAGUUGAUUGGUAAUCUCAUCACAUACGAACUCAAGAAAAACCAAGAAAAGGAAAUUGGAGGAAAAAGGAAGGAAAGGAACCUGGUUCUAAAGGCUACUACAUCAGAUGAUUUUGAAGAUGAAAAUAUCGUCCUCAUAACCAAAAGAUUUACCAGAAUGCUAAAGAGAGGGCAGGCCUUUCAAAAGAAAACUUCUCAAAAACCAGCUGAAAACACUAAAGACCAGGUUUGUCAUAAGUGUGGGAGCCCAGAUCACUUCAUCAAAUUCUGUCCACUUUGGGCUUUAGAGCAGAAAAAGGCAAACUUUGAGAAGGGAAAAGGCAUCAAGAAUGAUAAGUACAUUCCCACAAACAGAAGAAUGACCAAUCAAGAAGCGGAUCUUUCAACGAGAAGAGCCUUUGCCACUAUGGGGGACUUAUCUGAAGAAGAAUUUGAGGAUGGAGGGUUCGAAAAUCAGUCACUACUUGCAAUAGAACAAUCAAAUAAAUAUGAUUUUCUUGCACUCAUUGCUGAAACACAUUCUGAAGAUGAUGAAGAAGAUGACAAACAAAUCAAGUCUGUCAAUUCUAAAAGAGAACAAGUGAUGGAAAACUAUGCAUCUUUAAGAGAAGUCAAUGACAAUCUUGAGAAACACAUACCAUUGGGAGAAGGCAAGAUUUUAACUCAUGCAGAUAUGUUCAGUCAAACUAUUCUUGCUGAGUGUGGAAUUCCCAUGGAGUCGGAGCAGGUUGCAAAUGCUUCUCCACGUACAUCUGGUCCUGUUGCUCAGUUACUUAGGGAACUCAAAGUAGCUGAAGAAAAAUAUGCAACUCUUGAGUCAGAAAACCAGAAGUUACGUGCUGAACUCCACACUUCAAAUGCUGAAAUUUACAGGUUGAAGGAUCAGUUAGUGCAGCAACAACUUGCUAAUAAUGCAAGAGUUGACAGAGUUUUGGAUAUGUUGGCUUCUGCUCAACCAAGCCUGGACAACCUUCAAAUUGAAAAAGCAUCUUGUGUGAACCUGGUUCUCUUAGUUGUUUAA